ACUCAUUUUGAUAUAAAAACUGUACGAUAUAAACAUUAUCAUCUCUCUCUUAAUUAAAUGCCAGAAAACAUGAGUAUAUCUGUAAAUGGGCGAUCAAAGGUGCCUCCCGGCUUUCGAUUUCACCCUACAGAAGAGGAGCUUUUGCAUUAUUACUUGAAGAAGAAGGUUUCUUUUGAGAAAAUUGAUUUAGAUGUAAUUCCUGAUGUGGAUCUUAAUAAGCUUGAGCCAUGGGAUAUUCAAGAGAAGUGCCAAAUUGGAACUACCCAGCAAAACGACUGGUAUUUCUUUAGCCAUAAGGACAAGAAAUAUCCGACAGGCUCGCGGACAAAUCGCGCGACUGCUGCCGGGUUUUGGAAGGCUACAGGGCGUGAUAAAGUGAUAUACAGCAAUGGCAAGAGGAUCGGAAUGAGGAAGACGCUGGUUUUUUACAAAGGUCGAGCCCCACAUGGCCAGAAAUCUGAUUGGAUCAUGUAUGAGUAUCGACUCGAUGACAACAUUGUUGAAACAAAUGGUUCCAAUGUUAUGGGGGAGGCAAUGCAAGAAGAUGGAUGGGUGGUUUGCCGAAUCUUCAAGAAGAAAAAUCACCACAAAACCCUAGAUUGUUCAUUAAAUAAGUCAUCCUCCAUGAUUAUUGCAGAAACAAGGAACCAGAUGUUCAGUUCUUGUAAUGAAGGAGCUUUAGGUCAAAUACAUGAGUGCAUGGAAAAAGCAUGCAAGGAAGAAAAUGAUAAAUUCAUGAAACUUCCAAGCUUAGAGCAUUCCAGCAGCAACGGAGAUUUAAUAUCGAACCAGGUGAGUUCAAUGGUCGAACCCGCUAACUCAUAUUUAGCCGACUCUGAUCUAAACCACUGGGCAGCUCUUGACCAUCUAGUCGCUUCACAACUAAAUGGCCAAACCGGGUGGUUCAAUGAGCCCAUAUUGGCCUACUGUAACCCAACCAUAAACCAACCCAACCAUGAUUUCGAAUUCCCAACUCUGAAGCCAUCAUUUCUAUUACCAUCAAAUUAUGACGACGAGAUUGACCUAUGGAAUUUCACCAAUCGAUCCUCGUCAUCAUCGAUCGGACCAUUUGUUCCACGUUUCGAAUUCUAGUAUAUAUAUAACAGAUAAAUAAUUAAUUAUUUUAUAUAUAAUAAAAUCAUAUCAUAUAGAGUUGCUAUAUGUCAUAAUGAAGAGAACUUGAUUAUGCGAUAGUAUUAAGCGAUAAUAAAUAAAGU